AUGAGGAGCAUUUGCUUUUCUCCGAAAACGAUAUCUUUUUUAUCCUCGCCUCGUUCUUCACCUUCAAGAUUUUCCCUUCCAGCAACUCCUCUUCGUAACUUAUCUGAAUCGACGAUUGAACAAAUCAUCGAAAAUGCUUCAUCAAUGAUCAUGAAAUGGAAUCCCGAGACAUCUGCCUACGCCAACGUCACCUCUCUUUUUUAUGAGAACAGAAGAGAGGCCAUGCAGUUCAUCAAAUGCGUUAACGAUUUGCAGAAAGUUAUGCAUUUGAUAGUAUCAGAAGAUUCCACCCAUUACAGACUCAUACAAGCACAAAAUCUAAUGCAAAUCGCCAUGAAGCGGCUUCAAAAGGAGUUUUAUCAAAUUCUUUCCAUGAACCGGGCACAUCUUGAUCCCGAGUCCAUGUCUACCAGAUCCUCUCGCACCUCUAGAUCCAGCACCUCAGAUUUUGAAGAUGAUGUUUCACCUGAUGAUGAUCUUCGUGCUGCUGGUGACUCGAUCUCCGAAGUUGAACAAGUUUCUUCUAUUGCCAUGGCGGACUUGAAAUCAAUUGCGGAGUGCAUGAUUGCAGCUGGGUACGCUAAAGAGUGCGUAAACGUCUACAAAAUUAUUCGAAAAUCCAUUAUCGACGAAGGCAUUUAUCGCCUUGGAGUAGAAAGAAUAAGCUCUUCACAAGUCAACAAGAUGGACUGGGAAGCACUUGACUUGAGAAUCAAGAACUGGUUAGAAGCAAUAAAAAUUGCAAUAAGAACACUCUUCUUCGGAGAGAGAAUUCUUUGUGAUCAUGUGUUUGCUGUCUCUCAAUCAAUCAGAGAGUCUUGUUUCAACGAAAUAUCUAAAGAAGGAGCUACUCUUCUUUUCGGAUUCCCCGAACUCGUAGCCAAAAGCAAGAAACCAUCAUCAUCAGAUAAAAUGUUUCGCGCACUCGAUAUGUACACAGCAAUCUCCGAAAACUGGGUAGAGAUUGAGUCCAUCUUCUCAUUGGAGUCCACCUCUCCGGUCCGGUCACAGGCUCUUUCUUCACUCAUCAAACUUAGUGAAUCCAUUUACGCAUUGCUCUCCAAUUUCGAAUCAAGUAUCCAAAAGCACUCCUCAAAAGCAUUAGUCCCCGGCGGCGGAUUGCAUUCCUUAACAAGCAAUGCAAUGAACUAUCUAUCAUUACUCGGCGACUAUAGCAAUGUCCUUACUGAUAUUAUCUCCGACUGGCCGCCGCCAGAAAAAUCAUCCCUACCUGAAUCUUACUUCGAUAGUACGGAUUCUGAUGAUCCUCCAGCAGCGGCCAUUUCAACACGGUUUGCUUGGUUGGUUCUAGUUCUUUUAUGCAAGCUUGAUGGCAAAGCAAAAUAUUACAAAGAUGUGUCACUCUCAUACCUUUUCUUAGCCAACAAUCUACAACAUGUAGUAUUCAAAGUCCGUACAUCAAAUCUUCAGUAUCUACUCGGUGAAGCCUGGAUUGUUAAACAUGAAGCUAAAGUGAGACAAUUUGCAGCAAAUUAUGAACGGUUAGCAUGGGGCCCAGUAUUUGCAUCAUUGCCAGAGAAUCCAACAGCUGAGAUUUCACCUGAGGAAGCUAAGGAGAGUUUUAAGAGAUUUAAUAUCAGUUUUGAUGGGGCGUACAGGAAGCAGAGUGUUUGUGUUGCCGCGGAUCCUAAACUCCGGGACGAAAUUAAGGUUUCUAUAGCGAGAAAGUUAGUUCCGGUUUAUCGCGAGUUUUAUGACAAACAUAGGAGUAAUGUUGGAGGGCAGAGAAGUAUUGGCGUAUUUGUCAGAUAUGCCCCCGAGGAUAUUGAGAAUUACUUGUCGGAUUUGUUUUUCGGGACAAUUGAUUCAAGGAGUUCUGUGUCAACUUCUACGACAUCGUCUCGACAGCGGCAUCAUGCUUAA